AUGCCCAUUGCACCCCAUCAUGCGCAUUGGCUUCCAAGUUCAAUCAACCCUCCGUCGACGAUUCCGCCACUUGAGGUACAGACCGAAAUUCCUGGUCUUGGAUCAAAAUCUUCGGUGGCCCCCCUGGUGGCGAAGACAAUGUCCCUCUCCCAUUUAGAGGCACGCUACAAAGACGACAUUCAUAUUUACACAGACGGGUCAACAUCUAACAAGGGGUCAACAUCCGCUUACUCAAUCCCGAUGUUAGACACAUUUAAAUGUUUUCGAUUGUCCCAUCAUACAUGCUCGACGUCAGCGGAGUUACAUGCAAUACUUUCAGCAUCAUCAUUCAUCGAAGCAUUCGGUACACCAUCAAACUGGGUUAUUCUAACGGACUCAAAAUCAUCCCUAGAGUUAUUACAGGGCAUGCACCUUCGUACUUCCCAGGCGACCAUUCUAUAUCGGGUGCAACUCACGUUAACACAAGCUCGACUCCACGGACAUAACGUCAGGCUACAAUGGAUACCGAGCCACUGCCAAAUAGCCGGAAAUGAAGAGGCUGAUCACCUGGCAGCUCAAGCUCACGAUGGUGAUGCAAUGGAAGCGACAUCCUUUACCUCUGGAGAUGCAAAAUUCAUCCUUCGUCACUUACGCCAUCUACGUUGUCGGCAGUGCUGGCUAAAGGACACUCCAGCAGAGACUCUCCUACCAUAUAUCGACCCGGAUUUUGAGCUUCCGCCGCACACCGGGAUGAAAAAAAAAAAAUACGACGCAUUAAUCCAUCGACUCAGACUUAAAGUGGCCUUUACUAACAGCUUUUUAUUUCGAACUAAACGCCGGGAUUCACCAAGAUGUGACUGUGGAGAACCAUAUCAGGAUGUACAACAUAUCCUCCUUGACUGUGAACGCUUUCAACAUGAAAGGCGCCGGAUGGAGAUUCGCCUUCAAAUAUUAGAUGAUAGACCCCUGUCUCCGACCAAGUUGUUGGGGCCCUGGCCGACGCGUAAAAAACAAGACAGAGCAAUGAAUAUCAUUCGUGACUUUCUAAAGGACACUAGAAUCGUGUAUGAUUAUUAA